AUGGCUAUCGUGGGCAACAAGUUCGUGUGGUAUCUCGACCCGCUCGGCGCCAUUCUCAUCGCGCUCCUCAUUCUCUUCUCCUGGGUCUCGAACGCGUUUGAGCAAGUGUGGCUUCUCGUCGGCAAGUCGGCGCCGAGGGCCUUCUUGUCCAAGUUGGUCUACAUGUCCAUGAACCACGACGAGCGCAUCGUCAAGGUCGACACCGUAAGUGCUCAUCCAAGGAUCAAGCUCCGUGAGCAAAUUUUGACAUACAAGCAGUGCCGUGCCUAUCAUGCCGGACAGCGGUAUUACGUGGAGAUUGACGUUGUCAUGGACGAGGAAACGCCACUGCGAAUCUCGCACGAUGUGGCGCAAGAAUUGCAGCGCAAGGUCGAAGGUCUCGGCGACGUUGAGCGGGCUUUUGUCCACGUCGACUAUGAGCACGACCACAGCAUCCACACGGAACACAAGCCGUUGUUCGAGAAGAAGAAGAAGAGCAGGACGCUGAGAGAGAUUCUGACAAAGACGAAGAAGGAGACAGAGCAGUCAACGCAAGACGGUGUUGCCACGUCGGGAACAUCAUGA